AUGUGGCUAUGUUCCCGCGCUUCCGCGUAUCAGAACGCUUUCAGCAUUGCAGCCGAUCAAGUCAAUCCAACUUCGUCCAAACCGACUAAUCCUCGACGCCAAGCCCGGACCAAUCAGAGUUCAGCAAAGAUGGCAGGUGAACAUGAACAAGUUUCCUUCCCCUUCACUGGAAAACCGUUCUGUUUUAAAUGCGAGAAAGGACACAGAUUACCGGAUUAUGAAGAUUUCAAAUUACUCUCCGUCGGGGAGCGCCUUACCUUCUGCAUGCGCCAUCGUCUUUGCUUCAGUUGUUUCUCAACCAAACAUUCAGUUUACGAAUGUGACAGGCGAAAGCCGUGUAAACACUCUAGUUGCAGUUAUUACCAUCACCCGCUGUUACACCAUGCUGCCAAAGAAAAACCGCCGACAGAAACCGAAGAAAAGGCUCGACCUAUAACCGCAAGAAUCGGAGCCCCUCGACAAGUCACCAUGGGUAUGCUGCGUCUUCCAGUGAUGGCCGACGACGGAAGUUGGGUGUUAGCCAAUAUCUUCCUCGACGAAGGUAGCGAUUCAACUCUAAUGCGAAAUGCCUUCGCCACGGCCCUGAAACUCCGUGGCCCACGUCAGAUCUUAGCUGUGGACGGAGCUGGUGGAAUAAUCAACCGCUAUCCAUCGACCAGGGUCCAGUUUCAAGUUCGAGCUGCGGAGGGCAAUAUCUUCUCUCUAAAAGGAUCUACCAUGAAAACUGUAGCCAGCCCUACACCCAUCACCGACUGGAGCAAGGAGAAGUCUCAUUGGUCUCAUCUGAAAAACCUUCCGCUCGUCUUGAUCGGGCUAGAUCAUGCACACCUGCUGGCCGUCCGAGAUUCAAGAGUUGGUGAAGAAAAGGAACCCAUUGUCCAAGAGAAAACCAGGAGAUUGGAAGUCGGAUACGAAGUGCCGAUCAUAUGGCGAGAAGGAGAACCCGACUUGACCAACAAUCGUCCGAUGGCCGAAAAUAGAUUCCGUAGCAUGUUGAAUCGAUCCAAACGUCAGCCAGAAUUCGAAGAGGAUUACCGAGCAGCUGUCCGGAAAUACUUCGACAAAGGCUACGCUUCCCGUGUUCCUGAUCCAGCUACCACAAAAUACUUCCUAGCCCAUAUGGAGUUUACAAAGGAAAGAAGCUACGUGUGUGGCCCAGCUCUUCAACCAUCUUUGGCGGCCGUCAUCACUCUUUUCCGAGAGGGAGCCGUUGCCUGGGCGUCCGAUAUCGAAGCCAUGUUCAGCCGCUUCCGGCUUUCCAUCGAAGACCGGGAUUAUUUGUGUUUCCUAUGGCAGGAGAAAGACGACAUCGAACCAAUUGUUUGUCGGAUGGACCGACUUCCUUUCGGAGCCAGCUGCUCCCCAUUCGUGGCCAUUUAUGGAGUGCGCCGCAUCCUGAAGGACACCGGAGCACCAGACAAGGUGGUUCGUGCCGUCGAGGAGAAAAUGUAUGUAGACGACUAUUUAGGAUCCGCAACAUCCGUUACGGAAGCAGUUGAAGAAGCCGUCACAGUCAAGAACUCCUUGUCUGCUGCCGAUCUCAAUCUUCAAGGAUGGAUCUCAAAUUCGCCGGAAUUUUUACUGGAGGUGUCGAAGACCGAUCGGCCGGUAACAGCUACACCUUCCGCUCAUCCGCUCACCAGUGAGAGCACAGAAAAGGUUCUUGGCGUCGUCUGGGACACCAAUUCUGACACUUUAGGAUUCCGACAAGGUACCGGUGUGUUUGACCCGCUUGGAACGGCUUCGCCGUUGAUCGUCAAGGCCAAGAUUCGUCUAAGAGCAUUGGGCCUCAAGGGACUCGACUGGAGCGACGAAAUUACCGGUGACGACGAGAUUUGGUGGCGUAGCUGGUUCAUCGCUUUGGAACAACUUAACACAUUGAAGAUGCCGCGAUGCUUAUUUCCGGAAGAAUACCAAAUCAUCGAUGCCGAACUGCACAACUUUUGUGAUGCUUCGGAAGAGGCCUAUGCUGCAGUGAUUUAUCUUCGUGUCCAAUACUCCGACGGUCACGUUUUGGUUCGACAGGUACGAGCAGCAAACAAGCUCGCGCCGAUGAAGACGAUUUCCAUCCCCAAACUCGAGCUCAACGCAGCCCUGUUGGGCGCUCGCCUCCUACGGACCGUUCACUCAACCCUCAAAUCGAAAAUCCAGAGACGGAAGCUUUGGACAGAUAGCAGCACCGUCCGAAACUGGAUUCGGGCCACGGCGGCCUAUUAUCAAAUAAUUGUUAGCAAUCGGAUAGGCGAGAUCCAGACCAUCACCCAGCCUGAAGAAUGGCGAUUUAUUCCAGGAAAAUUAAAUCCAGCGGAUCUGGCUACCCGCUCCUCCCUGGACGAACAGCCCAUCCCACCUGUUUGGUUGAAUGGGCCGGUCUUUUUACUUCAGUCUUAA